GCCGGCGAUGUACUCUCCUGCGUAGAGGAAAGCCAGGUGAAGGGAUCGCGAUCUGGCCUGUACAAGCAUUACCCGAGACUGUAUGAGGGUGCGGCCGCAACGACCGGCUACCCUUAUUUGGAGGCAGAAGUGCGGUACGCAGUCAACCAGGAAUAUGCGGUCACACCUGCAGAUGUCUUAGCUCGAAGAACACGCCUGGCUUUCCUUAACUCGACGGCAGCACGUCUGUGUCUGCCACGUGUCGUUGAGAUCAUGGCCGAGUGCUUGGGAUGGUCUGAUGCGCGUGCUCUGGAAGAGCAUGAGCGAGCAGAGCAGAUUCUCGCGCGUGACUUUGCUGGACCUGUGCCCAACAAAGUCGGAGCACUUCUUCGAACAGCUUGCACUGCAGACGUGAAGGAUGUCUUCGACAAGAUCGAUGUUGAGGGGAAGGGUACGCUGACCAAAGCAGGCAUCGCCAAGGCAGCAGCUGAGCUAGGCUUUCCCCUCUCGCAAGCUGAGCUCCAGAAGGCAAUCAAUGAGAUGGACACCGACAGGAACGGCGAGGUCCACUUUCCGGAGUUUUUGGCAUGGUGGAACUCGUCCGAAAAGAGCAAGGACGUACAGAAGAAAAUCUACAUGGGCAGUCGUGCUGGAUCCAGGUGGAAGACAAUCGAAGAAUAA